CCAACAACCGAAGUCCAUUCAAUCCAUCCGUUCAUUCAUUCCAACCUCCCCUGAGCCUCCGUUUCCCCAUCGCUGCCAGACACACAGCAAACCCCCAACCCCAAACCGCCGCUGUCCUCCCCCACUGCACCGCUCUGCACUGCACGCCUGCUGCUGCCGCCCCUGCUGCCAUCGCGCUGGAAUUGACGGCUUUUGAGGCUCGCUCCGACAUCCCUUUCGCCUUGAUCGCCUGCCUGUAUACGCCUCCAUACGACGCCUUCGCAGCCCCUCCGCUCCUUACCCGACCCUUCUCUCUCCCGCUGUUUGGCACCACCCGCUCGCCGCACACCCAGGCACGUCGCAUCACAUCCACCAUCCAACGUCGCCUCUAACGCUGCUCAGGCUAGACGCCAUCAUAUACCAUUCCCUUUGCUCUACUUGAUACACGCACCUUCUCACGUAAAUAACCCGUCGUCGUCCCCGGUCGCCGUCGCCCAAACACAGUCACCAUGAUGGCCACCGCUGCACCCUACGAGAUCCGCACCGGCGGCGAUGGCAAGAGCAAGAAGCAGAGCAUGGCUGAGCUGAAGCUGCGCCGUCUCACCGAACUGAACCAGCGCCUCAGAGAAGACCUGGAGCGCCGCAGGAUACCCGUGUCGGAAGCCGCGAUAGACUUGAUCGCAUUUACGGAUAAAGAACCAAAGGAUUGGAUGGUUCCUUCACGAUGGGGACAGAUUGACAAGCGCGAAGACCCAUACGCCCCGCAACAAAGCAACGGCUGCUGCGUCGUAAUGUAAAAGGGACCUAGCCAGGUGGUUUGCAUUUGGGGGAAAGUUGGUGUGUCUGUCUGUUCGCGUGUGUGAAAGCUGUCCGGAGUGUCAUGUGUCAAAGCAACGGCGUUCAUGCGGUUAGCCUUUUGAUGGCCCAAAGUCUUUCGUAUACCUACCCUUUUCUUUUAUUUUUCUUUCUUGUUUUACAUUUAUUUCUCUCUCUAUUGAAACGGGAUAAGGUGCCGAUAAUACCCCCCAUGGUCUGUUCUCCCCGUACCAUCAUCAGCAUCAUGACCGAUGUGGACGACCAUUGAGGAGACCGCACCCAAUGUACUACCUCUUCAGCAAACGUGUAAAUUAUGUAUGCGGUUUACUCAUGGCCUGUGGGUUUCUUGUUUUUUCAUUUCUUUGCUUUUUCAUUUUCUUUUGUAGGGGCAUGGGGGAGGUGGGAAGAAGAAGAAGAAGGAGAGAGGGAGAAGGCAAGUGGAUGCAUGGAAGAGGUCUUGGUAGUACAUGAGUUGAAUGUGUAUGUACUCUUUGACGCUACUUCUUUUGCUUCUCUCCCUCUCGCUCUUGUGCAAAGUGCUGGUCUUCUCUUCUUCUACUCAUUCUCCUUCAUGCUACCGCCCCACCACCCAUUCUACCC